CCGGACCAGUGUCUACGCCAUGCGCGCGCUGCUGCUGCCGCUGCUGCGCACCAGCUGGGCCUGGCCGGUGGGCGCCGCCGCCGCCGCCGCCGCCCGCCUGCCGCGGGGAGCCAGCGCAGGGCCCGGGCCGCGUCGGACCAUGACCCUGUACCGCACGGAGGAGCGCGGCCAGCCCCACUCUCCCGAUUACCGCCUCUUUUUCAAGAAUGUAGCUGGUCACUACAUUUCCCCCUUUCAUGAUAUUCCUCUGAAGGUGGACUCUGAAGAGAAUGUGUUUAACAUGGUUGUGGAAGUACCUCGGUGGACAAAUGCUAAAAUGGAGAUUGCCACGAAGGAACCAUUGAAUCCCAUUAAACAAGAUGUGAAGGAUGGCAAGCUUCGCUAUGUGGCAAACAUCUUUCCUCACAAGGGUUAUAUAUGGAAUUAUGGUGCCCUCCCUCAGACUUGGGAAGAUCCCCAUCGAAAAGAUAAGAGCACAGACUGCUGUGGAGAUAAUGAUCCCAUUGAUGUUUGUGAAAUAGGCUCAAAGGUUCUUUCUCGUGGAGAAGUUGUUCAUGUGAAGAUUCUUGGAGUUUUGGCUCUUAUUGAUCAGGGUGAAACAGAUUGGAAGUUAAUUGCUAUCAAUGUGAAUGAUCCUGAAGCCUCAAAGUUUCAUGACAUUGAAGAUGUUAAGAAGUACAAACCUGGUUACUUAGAAGCUACGCUUAAUUGGUUUAGAUUUUAUAAGAUACCAGAGGGAAAACCGGAAAACCAGUUUGCUUUUAAUGGAGAAUUCAAGAACAAGGCUUUUGCUCUUGAAAUCAUUAAAUCUACUCAUGAAUGUUGGAAAGCACUGCUUAUGGACAAGUGUGAUGGCGGGGCUAUAAAUUGCACAAAUGUGCAGGUAUGUGAUAGCCCUUUCCAUUGCUCUCAAGAGGAAGCAAGAUCAUUAGUUGAAUCGGUGUCAUUUUCAUUGAAUAAAGGAAGUAAUGAAGAAGAUCAAGUAUGGCACUUCCUUGGCCAGUGAUUAGAACAUCUGAAGGUCUUCCAUCAGGAUUCCAGUCUCUAAGAAUGCCGAGAUUCAAUCUCCCCCAAGUGCUAGAAACAGGCAGAAUUUGCUCAUUAACUUCCUAUUGAAACUUCUUUUUUUUUUUUCCUUCAAGCUUUUUGCAAUAUGCAAUGUGUAAAUAAACAUUGACAUUUUUGAA